CCACUCAGUGCCACCUAUCAUUGCCAAUCAGUGCCACCUAUCAGUGCUGCCAAUCAGUGCCAUCUAUCAGUGCCAGUCAGUGUCACCAAUCAGUGUGCAUCAGUGCCGCCUAUCAGUGCCAUCAGUGCUGCCUAUCAGUGCCAGUCAGUGCCGCCUAUCAGUGCCAGUCAGUGCCGCCUAACAGUGCCAUAUAUCAGUGUCAUCUAUCAGUGCUGCCUUUCAGUGCCCAUCAGUGAUGCCUGUCAAUGCCCAUCAGUG